AUGUUUUGGGAGAAAUCCAAAAAGGGUGAGCAUCCCUCCGACCGGAGGGCACUGCUAGCUGUUGCUGCUGUUCUACCUGCCCCUCUUCUCGUUGGUCUCUGUUGUGGUUUCACCGCACCUGCCAUUGACACUAUGCAGAAUACUGUUGCCUCGCCCAGUGGGGAGCAUAUUCGGAUCGGUGUUCACUCAGACCUCUACGUCUUUGAGUCUCCAAUGACUGCAAGUUUCUUCAGCGCUGCUCUCACCUUAGGGGCUCUUAUUGCAUCUCUCACUGGAGGCCCUAUCUCUGAGCGCACAGGUCGACGGCUCGCGUUAUUAAUCGCUGGUCCGCUCAAUGUUAUCUCCUUCCUUAUUAUCGCUCUAUGCAAGAAUGUUGCGGCUCUCAUCAUAGCUAGACUAAUCGGAGGUUGGUCUAUGGGCAUCUGUUCAUUUGUGUGUUCGGUGUAUAUCAGUGAGGUGUCUCCUACGAGUCUACGUGGCUUUUUAGGGAGCUGCACUCAGCUGCUCAUCGGUUUGGGUAUUCUACUUGUUUAUAUUUUUGGAGCUGUGUGUCGCACAGAUGGAGAGUCUUCUGAUCCUUUGGCCACUUCUCAGACAUUCUGCCGCUGGCGAUUGGUCUCGUACAUUUGCCUUAUUCCCGGUGCUGUAUUGACUAUCGCUAUGUUCUUCGCUCCUGAGACUCCGAGGUGGCUUGCUACUCGUGGUGGGCUACAAAAAGCUGAGGAAACAUUGCGUCGGCUUCGAGGAGUAGAUUCCGUUGCCGACCCCAGAAUAGCAGAUGAAAUCAGAGCUCUUGAAGAUAUCGUUGAAGGUCAAAAGGAGAGAGGUGGAGGAUCGUCCGAUAUGAAGCAUCGGUUUAAGAUCCUUUGGCAGUGUCGUAAGCAGGUUGCGAUCGUAACCGUGACUAAUCUUGGUACGCAAUUCUCUGGUACCAAUGCUCAAACCUUCUACCAGGAUACCAUUUUCCAAGCGGCUGGGUUGAGCGAUUCAUCAGUCCUCGCUAUAACAGUGAGAGUGUCGAGCACAAUAGCGACGUUGCCAUGUAUGUAUCUCCUUGAUCGUGUUGGCCGUCGACCUCUAUUCAUCAGUAGUUGGAUUGGUAUCACAAUCAGUCAGCUUCUGAUGGGAAUUUUCUUCUAUUUCGAUCGUGAUGGUGAUGCUCAGCAUCUUGCUUGGCUUGCUCUUCUAGCAACCUACGGUUAUCAGCUAUCCUAUUCUUGGGGUGCUGGUCCUAUUCGAUGGAUGCUCGCUUCGGAAAUCUUUCCAGACGAAGCACGAGGGUUGGCGUCUGCCAUUGCCACCACGUCCAAUUGGGGUGGUGCAUUCUUCUUCGUUCUUUUCCUCGAGUCUUGCAUUGAGGCAACUUCGAUGCAAGCUGCUUUUUUCUUCUUCUCCUGUGUCGGUGCCGUAGUCACUGUUUUCGAGUGGUUCAUGGUACCAGAGACUAAGGGAAAGACCUUUGAGGAGAUCCAAAAAAUGUUCGAAACUUGA